CCUAAAAAUUAAACAAUUAAAAUAAAAGGCUCGUGGUUAGUAUUUUACAUUAGGUAGCUAUCUUGGAAUUAUAUUGUUGCACAAGCCGUUUUAAAGCCGCGGUGGCAGUAGAGAGUCCUUUGAGUGAUGCCAGACCACAGUUUCCAGACACCGAUUCGUCACAUACAGAUCCGCUAUAGUUGGGCGGAGAAAAACCCUCCUGGCGCACUGCUAAGAUCUUUCCACAGACUGCAAGCAAACGGAGUCGCAAGGAAAGCAGGCGAAAUUAAAACGAGAACGAAAGAAGAAAAAAAUGGAAUAUUAACCAAAAACAACUACAAGAUAAAGUGGAUACUGUUUCUCAGUAACUUCAACAUUUUUUUUCGCUGUCGUGGGUUGCAUAAAACACACCCAAACUAUUAAACCCUAGCCUAUUCGUUAGGGUUUGUGCAGUUCGAGCGUAACUUCUGUAGAUUUUUUUCUGGCUAACUGUUUGUGUAAAAUCGGAAUGAAUGACAAAGACAAAGGUUGAUGUGAAUUCGCCUACUGAUUUUGUCUCGCCUAAGGAAAGGAGACACAGGCACAAAAUGGAAAGCGAGAAUGGGAGCAGUAAUAUUGGGCAGACGCAGCCCCAAGAACAACACCAGUUUCAGCAGCAGCCGAGUGUCCAGCCACACCAAGUGAAUGAGAAGAAGAAAAUAAACCGAGCACCUUCGCCCGCACGACCCAAAGACGUCCCCGGCUGGUCCCUGACGAAGAUCAGGGGAGGAAUUGGCACGCCAACCUUAAGUGUUAAACCUGGAGCCAUACACCUGGGGAGUCGAGUGUCUAGGCGCAGCCCGGGCAGUGGGAAAGAAAUUAAAUCUGAAAAAGGAAAAGUCUCCGGAAAGUCCCUGCUAUCCGUCGCCGGUUCCCAAAAGAGCAGCGGUAAAUCAUCAAAAUCCUGCCGGAGAAAGAUAUCGGAUGCCAGCAACGCCUCCGACGACCUGAGCAGAGACUCGGGUUGCGCCCCGGGCAAGCUGUCGCCAACAGACAGUAGCUCAGAGCUCUCCGAUUGCGCUUCCGAAGAAAAUAAACUUUCCACGGAUGCCCUAAGCAGUGACACUGAAUCCAGCAGUCGUGGCGGGGGAGCUGAGGGGGAGAGUGCAACCAGGGAUCAUGGAAAUGGACGAUCAGAGAGGGGUAGUCGAGUUGAUCAACAUGCAAAGAACCCCGGGGAGAAGGACAGGGUCUCCCUUGGAGUGGACACUGUGGAAGGAAGCAUUUCGCCGGGCGACGAACGGUCCCUCGCCUCCUUUGAUAGUCGGAUGCCUGUUAGCACAUCCCAGGCGUUUUCUGACCUGACGGAGGAGUUCAUGGAUGGGAUGCAUGAAGAAUUUGUCAGGGAAAUUGAAGAACUGAGAUCAGAAAACGAUUACCUAAAAGACGAGAUGGAGGAGCUGCGGUCGGAGAUGCUGGAGAUGCGUGACAUGUACAUGGAGGAGGACGUGUACCAGCUGCAGGAGCUGCGGCAGCAGCUGGACCAGGCCAGCAAGACCUGCCGCAUCCUGCAGUACCGUCUGCGCAAGGCCGAGCGUCGCAGCCUCCGCGUGGCCCAGACUGGUCAGGUGGACGGCGAGCUCAUCCGCACGCUGGAGCAGGAUGUUAAGGUGGCGAAGGACGUCUCCAUCCGCUUGCACAACGAGCUGGAGUCCGUGGAGAAGAAGAGGUCCCGUCUAGAGCAGGAGAACGAGGACCUGCGCCAGAGGCUGCAGGACCUGGAGGUGGCCAAGCAGGUGCUGCAGGCCGAGAUGGAGAAGGCCAGAGAGAAUUCUCUGAAGAAGAGGGGAGCCCGGCAGUCCAGCAAACCAGACAAGAAGCUCUCUGCUCAGGAGGACAGUUCAGACCUAAAAUGCCAGCUACACUUUGCCAAGGAGGAGUCGGCCCUCAUGUGCAAGAAACUGACCAAGAUGGCCAAGGACAGCGAGAGCAUGCGGGAGGAGCUGGCCAAGUACCGCUCCCUGUAUGGCGAAGUGGACGCCUCCCUGUCCGUGGAGGAGGUGGCCGACUCCCCGCACACCCGCGAGGCGGAGGUCAAGGUCCACCUGAAGCUGGUGGAGGAGGAGGCCAACCUGCUGAGCCGGCGGAUCGUGGAGCUGGAGGUGGAGAACCGGGGGCUCCGGGCCGAGAUGGACGAGAUGAAGUGCCAGGAGCUGCCUGGGGGGACGGGGCCCCUGGUGCUGGCCGGGGGCGGGGCCGUGGCCGAGAACAUGACUGAGCUUCAGAGGCACCUGCAGUUUGUGGAGGAGGAGGCCGACCUGCUGCGGCGCUCCCUGCUGGAGAUGGAGGAACAGAACAAGCUGCUGAUGAACGAGCUCAACCGCUACAAGUCGGAGCAGGACCCCGAGCUGGACUCGACCGCCCUCUCCGAGGACAGCUGCUCGGUGCUGAGCGAGGCCUCCCAGGAGGAGCUGCUCAACGCGCGGCUGCAGAUCGGUGAUCUCAGCGGCAAGGUGAAGAAGCUCCAGUACGAGAACCGCGUCCUGCUGUCCAACCUGCAGCGCUGCGACCUCGCCUCCUACCACCACUCCCGCCUCGCCAUGGAGACGGACGCCGAGGCCGGCGACUCCGCCGAGUGUGUGCCGAGCCAGAUCCGCCGCGAGGGGCCCGUGGGGGGCGAGAACGACCUCCUGGAUGAGCAGGAGAAAAAGCCUGCAGGCAGUGAGGUUAAAGGCAGCCACGCCCACCCGGAGAGCGCUGCCCAGUGCCGGAAGCUGAAGGACUACGAGGCCCUCCUGGCCUUGCGGGAUCAAGCGCGGCUCAUCAACACCGCCAUCCAGCUGAUCACGGCUCCCGACUCCAACUGCCUCUCGUCCUCCCCCUACCGCAAGGUCUCUCCGGCCUCCUCAUCCCCCAAUGAGGCUGCCGAGCAAAGCUGCCCAGACAAGGGCCUGGACCCGCCCACCGACCUACCCCUGGUGGAGGCCCUCAACAGCCGGCUGAGUGCCCUGCAGACACAGCUUCUCUCCUUCGUGGAGAGGGUGGAGAGCCUGGGAGGCUCUGGGAGGGAGCAGGUGGAGGGGGCCUCGCCCUUGCCUCUGCUCUCUGAAUCUGGGAGUUUUGUGGGCCCCGGAUCCUCAGAGCCUCAGCCUGGUACUCUCGACGAGCAGGACAAAGAAUCUCCAGCUGACCAGAAGCCCGAAUUUAGGGACCAAUCAGAGCAGCAGGGCAAAGGUCAGGAAGCGUACCUGGACAAGGCAGAGGAGGGCGGCAACGAGGACAGCAAUAAAGCCCAAGAGACGCACGGACAGGACGGGAAGGACACAGACACGGCCGAGCAGCCUGAGGAGAUCCUGGAACUGCAGGCCCUGCUGUCUGAGGCCAGGGAGAAGGCACAGGGGGCGCAGGAGCAGCUGUCCCAGGAGAGACAGGCCUACAGGGAGGACUGCCAGAGCUCUUCCCAAAAGCUGAUGCAGCUUCAGGAAGAGCACCAGAAGGCCCUGGUGAGGCGGGACUUCCAGCUGCAGAGCCUGAGUCUGCAGACACGGCUGCAGCAGAAGUUCUGGAGCCAGGAGAGGAACCUGAUGGUGCAGGAGUCCCAGCAGCUGAAGCAGAGCCUGCUGCUGCUCAGCCUGAAGCUGCGCUGGUUCCUGAAGCAGUGGAGGCUGGGAAAGAAGCUGGAUGGGGAGGGCAAGGACAUCCUGGAGGUGACCAGUGUGAAGGAUCUCUACCUUCUGUUGGAAGAGGAGGGGCUUGCCACCCAUCAAGGGGACAAUAAGACAUCCACUGCAGAAGAGCAGUCCCAGAGUCCCUUAGCCAAAGAACACUGCUUCCUGGAGAAGACCUACAAGCAGACUAGCGGUGUGAGCAGCACCCUGGCGGACCUGAAGGGGGCGCUGCAGGACCUGAGCGCUGAGAUGCGGGAGGAGCGCCAGGGCUCACAGGAGCUCACCCAGCAGUUCGCCCGUGCCAAGGCCUCCUGGGAAGUGGAGCGGACCGAACUCAAAAGUCACAUCACACAGCUGGAGUCCAAGGCUGGGAAAGCAGGCGCGGGCGUGGCCGGGGAGAAGGAGGCUCUGGACCUGAAAGCGGCGCUGAAGAGGGAGCGCGAGGAGCACCAGCACCUCCUGGCGGACUCCUACGCCGCCGUCAUGGACCUGACCAAACAGCUGCAGAUCGGCGAGCGCAACUGGAGCCGCGAGAGGCUGGAGCUGCUGGAGCGCUUCAACCAGGAGCGCGGGCAGUGGGAGCAGCGGCUGCUGGACGCCCAGAGCAAGUCUCUGCAUGAGAAAUCACCCGAAAAAGAGAAUCCCUCCAGCACCGAUGCAAACAGAAUAAACUUACAGGGGACCAAAUCCAUUCCUUCCGUGUCAGAUUUUGAGAGUCUUCUGGAUGCCUGCCCCUUGUUUCCGGGUCAGGAAGUCGAUGGGACCAACGACAAGGCCGCCCGGGGCACGCUGCUGGCGCGCACUGACCUGGGCGAACUGAGCAAGAAGAACUGGAAGUACCUGACCAACGAGAUGGCCUUGCUGGAGAAGGGCGACCCUUUCAAGACCUGGGACUGCCCCACCAUGAGCAGCAGCUUCCCGGGCCUGGACCUCAGCCAGGCAUGUGCCCAGAGGAGCUACACGGCCCCCGACAAGACGGGCAUCCGGAUCUACUACAGCCCGCCCACCAUGCGGCGCAUGGAGCGGCGGCAGCAGGAGGCGGAGCCGGGGUAUGGCGCGGGCGCCGGGGUCCCGGAGGACGCCGACUCCGGCACCUACGACAGGUGGCUGUGCAAGUUCUCGCAGCAGCACCGGGACCUGCUGGAGAACGGGUCGGCGGCCGCCGCCGCCUCGGCCGGCCUCCCCCCACCCUUCCACGGCCUGGAGAUGUCGGGCAACCUGAGCGACGACAUGAAGGAGAUGACCAACUGCGUGCGGCAGGCCAUCCGCUCCAGCUCCCUGGAGAGGAAGUGCAAAGACACGGCCAGCCAGACGGUGGGCGUGGCCAACGCCGGGACGCAGACGGCGCAGUACGUCAGCGUGGGGCUCCAGACGGAAGGGCCCCGAGGGGCCGGCCUGCACGCCAAGAGCUGGGCCCCCCGGGUCUCCUCGCUGGCGUCGGCCCGCACCCGGCAGAUCUCCACCUCCCUGGAGAAGGUGCACAGCCGCAUCGAGAGGCCCUGCUGCUCGCCCAAGUACGGCUCCCCCAAGCUGCAGCGCCGGGUGUCCGCCUCGUCCUCCAAGCUGGACGGCUCCAAGGACCGCAGCCUGUGGAACCUGCACCACCGCGGGCAGAACGGCUCGGCCUGGGCCCGCUCCACCACCACGCGGGACAGCCCGGUGCUCAGCGGCCUCAACGACGGCCUGUCCAGCCUCUUCAGCGUGGUGGAGCACUCCGGCAGCGUGGAGUCGCUCUGGAAGGCCGAGGCCGGCGUCAGCCCCUGUGGCGGCAAGGCCGCCGGCAAGCCCAGCGCCGAGCCCGGCGCGCACAAGUACGGCAUCGUCCAGGAGUUCUUGCGCAACGUGUGCGGCCGGGCGCCGACCCCCGUGCUGGGCGGGGCGGGGGAGAGGCCGCCCAAGGACGUCGGCAGCACGGCAGACGAGGUCAAGCCGGAGUGCCCCGCCGUCGCCACUUUGGUCAACAGCGACAACGUCACCAAGAUCGUCAACAAGAGGUUCAUGAAGCAGAGCCUGAGGGAGGAGCCAGGCCAGCCCAACAAGGACCCGAACGCCAGAGACACAAACAUGAGCACCAGUCCACUGGAGGACGCGGCGUGUGACUGCGCGUCCCAGUCGCUGACCUCCUGCUUCGCGCGGCCCUCGCGCACCGCCACGCGCCACUCCCUGGGCCAGUGCCGGCUGCGCCCGCCGCAGGAGCCCUCCUCCACGCCGGAGAAGGAGAAGGAGGAACCCGUCCCCGAGUGACCUCCGCACACUGCCACACUCGCAGCCACGCAAACCCCCGGGGUGGGGAGGAGAGGCGCUGAGGGACCCCCUCCCGGAACUCUAACCCAACAGCACACUCAAUGCCAAGGAAAUACAGGACUCCCCGGGAUUCCUCCGGGACCACCACUGGCUACCAGCAGAAAGCAACAAAGCCCCACUUUCAUACAUAGCAGAAGAGGAACACUGCAGGGAACGCCUCUUUUUUACCGUAAACUUACUGCGUUUGCAGUAUUCUAACAUUGUAAACACCUAUUUGUUUCUAUAGAUUUGCACAGAAAAAAACUAGUCUCUCGUUAUCCUGGAUCUACAGUACUGUACAGGCUCUCAUUGUGAAGACGUAAGCAAAACUAGAAGAUUCUUUUUUAUUCGGACGCUAGUCAGUCUCUGUACCAUCCCGUGUUGGCCGCCUCUGUCUUCGUAAGGAGGGGGAGCUGCUCUUGAUGAAUGAAUGAUGGCAAUUCAGAGGAGGGCAGCCCAGUUGUGACAGAAACUGUUCAGCCACACGAAUCAGAGACCUCAUUCUGCUCCCAUUCACAUCCAUUUAACUAUCCUGGAGCUGGUUGUGCAGCAACAUUUUAAAACGCUGAGCUGAACUAGGCCAGCUCAGAUUUUCACCCUGCCUACACAUGUAGGUUACGUUGAACCACUUGCUGAUAUUGAAUUCUUGUCAAAUGAAACUUCUGUUUUACAAUUGAAAACUGCCUAAACAAACGUUCUUUAGUUCUUUUUUGAUAAAUGAUUUUAGUUGGAUCGAGGAUGUUGUAUUGAUUAGGAUGCAAAGAUUGUAUGUCUGAAUCAGUUUUAGCAGGUGAAAGUCAUUCACAUGUUGAAACUGUUUUAAAUCCCCAUGAGUUUCAGUAGAUAGCAUACUGAUCACAUGACCUUGUGUAGGUCUAGGUGUGAGACUGCUCCACUUCUAUUUGCUCUUGAAAAGAUCCAUCAACAGAAAUUAUUCCCUGCCAGGAUCUGAAGGUCACUCUUUUAUAAAAGCACCAACCAAAUGACUUCAUAGUAAUAACAGUGAUGUCCAUUUUCUACUUUUCAGAGAGAACCUUUCCUUGGACUUUUUAAUACUACCCGUUUAUGCGUGUGCGCACGUGCGUGCAUGAAUGUCUGCGUACAGCCUUCUCCUAGCAUUCCAGAAUGCACUUGCAGUGUUCUCUGUAAAGGUCAUUCAUCCCACCCGCUGUUUUAUAACUAGAUCGUUGGCUGUGCCCUCUUUCCAUGCCCCGUUCUCUCCUACGGGAACAGCAUUCCAUGGGGGAGAGAAUUUUCAUCUUCCUCACAAAACAAUUCUGCCUGGAACUUCAGUGCAACUGAACACCACAGAACUAAUACAGAAAAUAUUCAUUAGUUGUAGCAUAAAGUGAAAAUAGAUAUCUAGGACCCACCCCCACCCCCCAACUCCCAUUUUGGUAAAGGUCCAUGUCUUGCUUUCUCAUGCCUGUGAGAUCAGGACAGCACACUUCAACCUCACGUAACUUGAAGGCCAAGGCUUUUCACCACAAGCAAAGAGGAUAAAAUACUUCAAUACUUUAUGUCAUUAAGGACUUGUGGUAUGACUACAUUUAUUGACUACUUUUAAUUUCUUAAUUUAAAAAAAUGUCUGAAAAGCUAAAGUUUCUGUUCUUUUGAUAACAAGGGAUUUAUUUUUAUUUAAAUUAUUGGUAUUUUUUUAAAGACGUGUCUGUCUGUAUCUUCAGUCUUGAUGGUGCUGGACAAACAGUGUAAGUUUCACUAUGUUAUAAGUGCUUUUAAAUGGCUCAGAAACAGCUUUUUAAAAAAAUACGUCCGCUGUUUCAAUGCUAGCACGCAAAAACAUGGAUUGUGGGUCUGGAGUACUUCUUUGCAGAUGCCUUAAACAGGAGCAUAUUACCGAUGUCACUGCAGCCUAUGCUCCGUAUGUAGGAAAUUUCUGUAACUUACAUGUACUUUCUCAUGCUAAAGUGAGGUUAUUGGUUAUCAGGGUGUAAUAAGUGAAUUAGAGGUCAAUGUCUAAUUCAGUUACGACACCACAAAGGACAGACCUAUGGGAAAGAAAUGCCAGUGUGAAUGGGAUGAAGAGGAUCCCCCUGCCCUACAGCUGCUGUCUCUCCCCAUGGCUACCUCUCCGAUCCUGCACCUUGACAAGUGUACGCAGCCUAUUGACUGAAACAGGUUUCAUUUCUUUAGAGGGUCAUGUGAGUGCCUUUGUUAAAAUUUGUCUUAUUGGUUGGAAGUUCCUAAUACAACCACCCAGGCUGGUAGGCUCUGACCAUACUCAAAUAGAACAGGACCUAGCUGCGAACAGCACAGAAUUGGACCGCAGGUAGCACGAUCGGAACCCUUGGGCGUGACACUUACUGAAUGUUCUCCCACAUAUUCCCUGGCUCAAUAAAGUGCUGAAAACAAAAGUGAUGUAACAUGUAACAUGUAACAGCUUGAAAAGUGGAAAUGUCGACAUUAAUCUUCACAUGGUUCUCCAGUCAUCCUCUAGAAGCAGAAAAUGAACAGGGAGCUGCACCUACAAAGAAAGUUAUUUGAAUAUUAUUAUUAUUAUUAUUAUUAUUAUUAUUAUGCUGCUGCUGUUUUAACCAAUUUCCACACUUCAGGUUUUCCUUUCAUGUUUCAUGUUUUGUGGACUAGGGGACUUACAAAUAGAAACAUCUUUCUACUGGGGCAGUUACCUGUUCUGUUUGUUAGGUAUAGUGUUGCCCCGCCCAUUUCAGGAAAUGCAGCACUCCUAUUCAAUGCCACGGCCAAAUCAGCGCAACUAUACUCAGCUGUGCAGCCAUCAUCGCUCUCACUUCAGGAAAUCUGUAAAAGUACGCACAAACCAAAUUAUUCAAUUCAAUUAAUGGGCACAGUCAAAACAGCUCUCCAAAGGGAUGCCUCUGCGGAUAAGCCAGGUCCGGUGCCCAGCAGAGUCUUGAGAUAAUGAUGUCUCUGUCUCAGCAUGUUACUCACAGCGGCCAUUGGGUCAGAUCAAGGUCAGGUUGCCAUUCUCAGACUAGAAGGCAGUUGCAGUCAGUCCGUCUCACCUCUUGGAUCUCAGAUCACGAUUACAGGUCCAGAUCUCUGUAUCUCAUCUGCCAAUAAGUUCUUUGGUUCGCUCGUGCGUUUUGAUCGUAGAUUUCUGAGACAUAGAUUACAGCCAAUCUGAUUUCUCCAUCUCUCUGUCUAUCUCCUGUGCCUCGCUGCAUUACAGACACUGAAUGUGUCUCCUGAUCUGGAAAGAUCUCCCUAGCCCUCCCCACACAGGCCUGUCACUCCCCUGUGUGGUUUGUCCGACCAAAGGGGUCAUGGGCCCCUCACUCAUUCCCUCGCUCAUGCCCUGUAAUCACACCCUCCACUACAUUCCCCUUGCUGAGCAUCACAACAUGCAGCAAUAUGUAAAUGAACUGUUCUUAGUUUCAACUGUUAAUAUUUGCUAAAUUAUUAUUAUUGCAAAAUUGCCUGUGCAUUUGUUUUCUUUCUUUUUAAUGGGUUGAAUUAAAAUGAGAGAGAAAGCAAAAUAGAAAAAAAAUUUUUCCAUAAUAUUGUAACUUGAAAGAAAAAAAUGCAUAUUAUUUAUACUCUUUCUAUCCUUGCAUAGAAAAAAAGGAUUUUCAAGCCUUGUUCAUUGUUGAAGAGGUGACUGUUCCUUUCCCUAGUUAGACAUGAACAUUUCUGUAAAUAGGAGAGUUUGAAAAGUUAAUGAAAGGGAAAAUGCAAUAGAAUUUUGUUUGGAUUUUUGUGCUGGGAGACAGGUCUUUGUGACCAUGAGAUUUGUCAGCUCAAAUUUCAUUGCUUACUGUUUGUCCUUGUUAAAAAAAAUAAAUGUUUGUUGUAAGCAAAA